ACGGUGUGGUUUGGCCCCGCCUCCGUCCUCCUGCGGCUGAGUCUGACGGUGUCAUGAGGAGGUUUUAAUACCGAAAGUGUCCUCCGCGACGAGCGCCGCUGAAAUGGCCGCUGCGGCUACACAAGAAACACCCGCACUGAGCGCUGACAGCGACGCGACGCCCGCAGAGACAAACGAGGGCAACGGCGAGGAGGAGAACGAAAAGGGCCUCGCCGAACCGGAAACCGAGCAACCAGGCGGCAGCGUAGAGCCGAAAAUGGAAGAGGAGGACGCGGAGGCCGGUGAGGAGAAGCCCGCUGCGGCGGCAGACAAGGCCGCGAGCGAGACGUUGACAGACGACGGUGCUGUAACAACCAACCGGGAGGAGACAGCCGCUCCUGGAGAAGCAGAGCCACGGCCAGAGGCACAGCAGAGCCCCGGGGAUGGUAGCAACGAGACCAACACAAUAAAAGAAGCCAAGGAGGAACCGGGGGAAGACAGCCGGUGUUCGGGAAUGGACUGCGAAAAGAGCAAAAGUGUUUGUGAAGAUGGUGAGAAACCCAGCGGAGGAGGAGGUGAGCUGGGAGACAAGAGACGACCGAGUGUGGAGAUCUCAUCCUCGGAUGGGGAACCGUUGAGCAGGAUGGACUCUGAGGACAGUAUCAGCAGUACCCUGAUGGAGAUGGAGAGCACAGUGUCCAGCGGGCGCUCCACCCCUGCCAUGAUGAACGGGCAGAGCAGUGCCAGCUCCUCCGGGACCAAGACACUGGCUUACCCCUGUUGCUGGGACCUCUGUCCACAGUGCUUCAACUCUAGUCCUGAUCUGGCAGAGCAUAUCAGGGGAAUUCAUGUGGACGGGCAGAGGGGAGGGGUGUUUGUGUGUCUGUGGAAGGGCUGUAAGGUGUAUAACACACCGUCCACCAGUCAGAGUUGGCUCCAGAGACACAUGCUGACCCACAGUGGAGAUAAACCCUUCAAGUGUGUAGUCGGUGGCUGCAACGCCAGCUUUGCUUCCCAAGGAGGCCUGGCUCGCCAUGUUCCCAGUCACUUCAGCCAGCAGAGCUCCUCUAAAAUGUCCAGUCAGGCCAAGCUCAAGGAGGAGUCGCCCUCCAAGGCCGGACUCAAUAAGAGGAAGAAACUCAAGAACAAACGCAGGUGCUCCUUACCGAGGCCCCACGACUUCUUUGAUGCCCAAACUAUGGACGCAAUCCGCCACAGGGCCAUCUGUCUCAACCUCGCCACCCACAUUGAAAGUGUGGGCAACGGCCACAGUGUUGUGUUUCACAGUACGGUGCUAGCCAGAAGAAAAGAGGGAUCUGGCAAGGUGAAGGUUCUCCUGCACUGGACACCCGAAGACAUACUACCUGACGUGUGGGUGAAUGAAACCGAGCGAUCUCAGCUGAAGACUAAAGUGGUGCACUUAUCCCAGUUACCACAGGACACGGCUAUGCUGUUAGACCCAAACAUCUAUCGAGCACUUCCUCAAAAGCGACUGAAACGCAGCCUGUAAGGAGUCAUCUGUGGACUUGAUACUUAAGGGGAAAUCCUUGUUCAUGGGAGUUUUAUCUGUAUGGGAUGGGACGCUCUUCAUCGGUCUCUGCUGAACGGGGGGAGUGAAGUGUCGAUAAAAGGAAGUAAAACUUGCCAUGCUGCAGUUCUCCUUUUUUCCCUCCUCAGUUUUCUAUAUCUAAAAUGACUGUUGUAGCCACAUGUGGUGUAAAAUGGGACUGAAUAUUUUCUAUUAGUUUGUGUUCAUCAAAACUUAAAUGAAUGUUUUUUUUAACAAGCACCAAACUGAAAAUAGUCUUAAUACCCAAUAGUGUAAAAAAAAAAAACUGUUUUGUGUAAGCUUGUCAGAUAAUACAGCAUAUUUUAUAACUGUUUUGUGUAAAAUAUUUAUCCAGAUUUGUAACUUAUUUUUAUACCAUGGAAAUGCUGGUGUACUGUGGAUUUUUGUGAAGGUUUUGAAAAGAACCGUAUUUACUGUGAUAAUAUAUGUUAACUGUCGCUUGUAGGGAUACUUGGAAAUUUUUUAACUGUAAUUACAUUGUAGGUGACACAAGUCUUAACAAAUGCUCUUAUUUAUGCUUAUUGAAUGCCGUACUGUUAACUGUGUGUAUGACAGUGAAGCGUGAGGUUGUGCCAGUCAUGUCAGAGUUGUAUUCGGUGCGAUUCAAACUGUUAUAGGAGCAAUAACUCAGUAGUUCACGACACUACCGUGUAGCUCUUAAUCUUAACCAGUCUGUCGACAGUACACCACACAAUGACUGACAUCUCAACGGACAUUAAAAAAGUUUUAAUCACAUCGACUUAUCUGUACUCCCACCUCCUCUCCCCCAAGUAACAUGAACUGUGUAUUUCAUAGUUAUUAUGAUAAAUUUACAUUACUGCUAUUUAAGCACUUAACAAUUAUUGUUUAAAAAGUUGUGUUUUCUACUCUAUAUGGUGUCCCUUUUUGGAAAUGAAAAAUUGUGUUUGUAAUAAAAUCGGGGAAAAUGACAGAA